AUGAACGGCGAUAGCUACUCCUCGCGAGAUGGCCGUCAUGGCUCAUCUCGUGACUACCCCCGCGACGAUCGGCGAGACCGAGAUCGAGGAGACCGGGGAGAUCGAGGGGAUCGAGGGGAUCGACGCGAACGAAGGCGUAGCAGGUCGCCGCGUCGGUCGCACCGCGAGGGGAGGGAUGAAGACGCCUAUGCCUCCAGCCGCAGCCAUCGAGAUCGCGAGCGCGAGGAUCGGUAUGGCGGUGGAGGUGUUGGCGGCGCUGGCGCUGGCGGUGGGGGCGGUGGUGGAGGCAGCGGUGGAGGUGGGGGCGGUGGCAGAGACCGUCGAGACAGGGAAUGGGACCGCGACCGGGGCUCGAGAAGGGACGUUCGUCGCGACGAAGGUGGCAGGCCGCCUAGACGCGAUCGCGACUUAUUCGAGGAUCGACGUGGCGAACGACGAGAUCGCGGUGAUAGGAGUGAACGGAACCGGGACGAUGACCUUUUCGCGCAGAAUCGACGGGGCCGGAGCCUCACACCGCCCCCUAAGAAGCGGGAGCCGACUCCAGACCUGACCGAUGUCGUCCCUGUCUUGGAGCGCAAGAGGCGGAUGACGCAGUGGGAUAUCAAGCCCCCCGGUUACGAGAAUGUCACUGCCGAGCAGGCCAAGCUGUCUGGCAUGUUCCCUCUGCCGGGCGCCCCCCGGCAGCAGCCCAUGGAUCCGACGAAGCUUCAGGCUUUCAUGAAUCAGCCAGGCGGCACCGCCAGCAACGCAACGCUGAAGCCCGGGAAUUCCCGACAGAGCAAGAGGCUUCUGGUCUACAAUAUCCCUCCUGGCUCGACCGAGGAAAGCCUCAUGAGCUUCUUCAACCUGCAGUUGAACGGAUUGAACGUCAUCGAGAGCACCGACCCCUGCGUAUUAAGCCAGAUUUCUCAAGACGGAUCGUUUGCUCUUCUGGAGUUUAGGCAUGCCUCGGAGGCUACCGUGGCCCUCGCUCUGGACGGUAUCUCGGUGGAACCCGAGGACGCCGCUGACGGUGCCCCCAACGGUACCGAGCAGGGUCUGAAGAUUCAGCGACCGAAGGAUUACAUCGUGCCAGCUAUUGCCGACGAGACCCUGUACGAACCCGGUGUCGUGUCAAAAGUAGUUAUCGAUACGCCAAACAAGAUCAGCCUCGCCAAUCUACCGUCUUACCUCACCGAAGAACAAGUUACGGAGCUCCUGGUAUCUUUCGGAGAGCUCAAGGCGUUGGUCCUAGUCACAGACGAAGGCACCGAUGAAUCCCGCGGCAUUGCGUUCUGUGAAUUUGUCGAUCCCAGCGCAACGGAAAUCGCGAUUCAGGGUCUGAACGGGAUGGUCAUCGGCGAUAAGAGUCUCAAGGUCCGAAAGGCUAGCAUCGGCAUCACCCAAGUAGCCGGUAUCGAGAUGGGCGUAAAUGCCAUGUCAAUGCUCGCAGGGACUACCGCUAGCGACUCGGAGGAGACCCGUGUCUUACAACUGCUCAACAUGGUAACUCCCGAGGAAUUGACGGACAACGAUGAUUAUGCAGAAAUCUGCGAAGAUGUCCAGGAAGAGUGCUCCAAGUUCGGCCAGAUUUUGGGGCUUAAGGUGCCUCGGCCUUCGGGAGGCAGCCGGCAAUCCGCCGGAGUCGGCAAGAUAUUUGUCAAAUUUGACACGGCGGCGUCAGCGAAGAAGGCGCUGCAAGCGCUUGCGGGCCGCAAGUUUGCGGACAGGACGGUGGUGACGACGUACUUCCCAGAGGAGAAUUUCGAGGUGGGAGCGUGGUAGUAGAAAGGAUUACGAAUGCUUUCCCUUCGUCGUUGAGGACGGCUGCGUGCUGCGACGAUUUGCGGGUAGGUCGGGCAGAAGGCAAUAGGACCAAAAAAAACUUGCGAGAUGCAAUUUGUACAACAAUGGUGUGCGGCGGGAGAGGCGGACCGCUACUAAUGAGGCAAGUUCACAGCGC